CGCAGAAGAAGUGAAAGUGAAAGUUAAGCUGCAGUUCCGCCGCAUGGAGGAGAGCACUGAUGUCUCCGUUACAGACGGCUAACGGAAAGAAGAAUGGCUAAAGGAUUCCAACGUCACCUGUACUGAAUACAGGUCAAACUGUGUGAAACCAAUAUGGAGCAGGCCGAGACGACAUCAACUGACACAGGUCUAUGGCCAGAGAGACCAGUCUCUCCUGCAUCCAGCACUAUUUCUGGGAUAAGUGUACGUUCAAAGGAUUAUCCUCCCAACUUCAGUAAAGGAGAAUGCGGAGGUCUAUGGCCAGAGAGACCAGUCUCUCCUGCAUCCAGCACUAUUUCCGGGAUAAGUCUACGUUCAAAGGAUUAUCCUCCCAACUUCAGUAAAGGUGAACAGGGAGGUCUAUGGCCAGAGAGACCAGUCUCUCCUGCAUCCAGCACUAUUUCUGGGUUAAGUGUACGUUCAAAGGAUUAUCCUCCCAACUUCAGUAAAGGAGAACAGGGAGGUCUAUGGCCAGAGAGACCAGUCUCUCCUGCAUCCAGCACUAUUUCCGGGAUAAGUGUACGUUCAAAGGAUGAUCCUCCCAGCUUCAGUAAAGAAGAACAGGGAGGUCUAUGGCCAGAGAGACCAGUCUCUCCUGCAUCCAGCACUAUUUCCGGGAUAAGUGUACGUUCAAAGGAUGAUCCUCCCAGCUUCAGUAAAGAAGAACAGGGAGGUCUAUGGCCAGAGAGACCAGUCUCUCCUGCAUCCAGCACUAUUUCCGGGAUAAGUGUACGUUCAAAGGAUGAUCCUCCCAGCUUCAGUAAAGAAGAACAGGGAGGUCUAUGGCCAGAGAGACCAGUCUCUCCUGCAUCCAGCACUAUUUCCGGGAUAAGUGUACGUUCAAAGGAUUAUCCUCCCAACUUCAGUAAAGGAGAAUGGGGAAGAUUUUCGAAGCCAGAAGGACCAGUUUCUCCUGCAUCCAGUCCUGUUUCAGUAAAAAGUGACAAUUCCAAGGAUGAUUCUCCCAACUUCAGUAAAGGAGAACAGAGCCUGUCUGAGCUGGAACAUGCUCCAACUGUGGAUGAUGCUCUCAACUUCUUUCCUGUGAAUAGUCCUUCAAUGGAGACUGGCCAGGAGAGGAAAGACAUCAGGACAGACAAAGAUGCCCUGCAGAGGAAAAUCCUUCAUCAGUAUGAAGAGGAACUGAAAGGAUUAGAAACAGAGACAGAACUCUUUGAGAUACAGAAAGCUACAGCCCUCAAAUCCUUUGAUCACUUGUUCAAAAAGAGAACGGUGCUGACGAAGGGAGUGGCAGGUGUUGGCAAAACAUUUCAAACAAAGUUGUUCAUGGUAGAUUGGGCAAAACAAAAAUCCAACAAAAAGAUUAACUUGAUUGUGUCAUUUAACUUUGAUUGGCUGAAUUCAAGAAAGAAAGAUCAAAGUCUAAAAGAUCUGAUUCGUCAGUCCCUAAGUGAGGAUGAACACAGAGUUUACAACUACAAAGAGUGUAAAAUAGCUUUUGUCCUUGAUGGCUUGGAGAAAUGUGAACUUCCUCUGGACUUCCAAAAGAACAAGAAACUAACGGAUAUGGAAGAGGAAGCUUCGAUGGACGUGCUGCUAACAAACCUCAUCAAGGGGAAUCUGCUUCCCUCUGCUAAGCUGUGGAUCCUCUCUCAACCAUCAGGAGUUAACAAGAUUCCUCCUGAUUAUAUUAAGAAAGUGACAGAAUGUCGAGAGACAAAACGAUGGCAGAAGCUGACCUCAGCCCUCCGAGCAAGAAUUCUCAGAGAAAACCCUCAAGAAGAAGACAUAAAUCAUCCUGACAAGAAAAACAUUGAGCAUGUUAUGAGAAACGAUCGAAGUGGUGAGGUCGACAGUGAAGAGAACAAUGUGACACGAGUCAAUGCAGGAUCGGACAUCUUUAAAGAAACAAAAGGGAAAAAAAUCAAAACUGUGCAGACCACCAAAGAAGCUGGAAUAGAAAAAUCAUUCUAUGUGCAGAAAUUCUUAAGAGAGUGGGCUAAAAAUGACAAGUCACCUUUAGGGGAUCACAUCCUAAUUCAACUUAACCUCUUGACGCUGAAUUUCAAGGAGAAAGUCAGUUUGAUGGGACUUGUUAAUCGUUUCAUCAAUGAAACAAAGAGAUCUGUGGUCUCUACCUCUGACCAGUUCCCAGUGUUAUUUGUCUUGCGUGGUUUGGAUGCUUACCAACGUCCUCUUGACUUUGACAUUAACGACACUGUGACUGACGUCAGAGAACCAGCUUCAGUGGAUGUGAUACUGACAAACCUCAUCAGAGGAACCCUGCUUCCUUCUGCCAGAAUCUGGAUAACCUGCCCACUGAAGUUGCCUGACGCAUGUGUCGACAGGAUGACACAAAUACGAUGGAAGCCGGAUAUUGCGAGUCGAAAGAUGCUCAAAUCUCAGCUGAAGGAGCAAUUUUCCCAUGUACCUGAGGGGACCGAUAUGCAGAAACCAUCUGCUCUCCUGAAUGAGAUCUACACAGACCUCUACAUUAUCGAGGGACAGAGGGGAGAGGUCAAUGCUCAGCAUGAGAUCCGACAAGUUCAAGAUGCAAAGUUCAAACCAGACGGAGAAGAAAUAAUGAUUAAAUAUCAUGACAUCUUCAAACAGUCUCCUGGAUUAAAUAUACCCAUUAGAACUGUGCUGACGGUGGGAGUGGCUGGCAUCGGAAAGACGUUUGGCACAAAGAAGUACAUGCUGGACUGGGCCGAAGACAAAGCCAACGGGGACAUGUUCUAUAUGUUUCCGCUCUCCUUUCGGGAACUAAAUUUGAGAAAAGAGCAAAAACUCAGUUUGGAGGAACUCCUUCAUCAGUUUUUCCCAAGUAUGAAGACAUCAGAAAUAAAGGACUAUGACCAGUACAGAAUCCUGGUUGUCCUGGAUGGUCUUGACGAAUGUCGCCUUGAUCUUGACUUCAAUAAAAGCACAGAUUGGACGGAAAUGAGAAAGCCAACCUCAGUCAAUGUUCUGCUGACAAACCUCAUCCAAGGAAAUCUGCUUUCAAACGCUCAAAUCUGGAUCACCUCCCGACCUGCAGCAUCCAACCACAUCCCUGCUGAUAAAGUGGACCGGGUUACAGAGGUACGAGGAUUCAAUAAUGAGCAAAAGGAGGAGUACUUCAGGAAGAGAUUUAGUGAUGAAGAGUUGGCUGAGAAAAUCUUGUCACAUGUCAAACAAUGUCGGAGCCUUUACAUCAUGUGUCACGUCCCUGUCUUCUGCUACAUCACAGCAAAGGUUCUGGAGGACUUUGUGAUCAGAAAGAAGGAAGGAAGGAUGCCCAAGACUAUGACUGACAUGUACAUUUACUUUAUAAUGUUACAGUGCAGACAGGCGAAUGUGAAGUAUGGAGAAGAUGUGACAGUUGAGACUUCUGACACAAAUUCCUGCUGGAAUACAACAAACAAGGAAACAAUCAUGUCUCUGGGGAAAUUGGCUUUUGAUGGGCUCCAAGAAGGAAACCUUCUCUACACUGAAGAGAACUUGACAGACUGCGGAGUUGACAUUGAAAAAACUGCCGUCUUCUCAGGAUUAUUCACACAGGUCACACGAGAAGCCUCUGGGCUUUACCCACAGAAAUUGUUUUGCUUCGUCCAUCUGAGCGUUCAAGAGUUCCUGGCAGCUUUUCAUGUCUUUCUAAUAUUCCAAAACACAGGAGAAAAUCUGCUUGCGGGUGGUGGAGACUCACCUGCAGACUUCUACAAGACGGCAGUGAACAAGGCUUUAGAAAGCAAAACUGGAGAAUGGGAUUUGUUCCUCCGUUUCCUGUUAGGCCUUUCUCUGGAGACAAAUCAGAAUCUACUGGAGGAACUGCUGAAGAAAACCGAACAUAAUGACAACAUCAUGAAGGAAACCAUUGGGUACAUAAAAGAAAAGAUCAGGGAAGAGAAUAGUGAUGCUGAUAAGAAUCUCAAUCUGUUCCACUGUCUGAAUGAGCUGAAUGACCACUCUCUUGUAGAGGAAGUGAAAACAUACCUGCAGUCAGAGACAGUCACGUUUGAAGAGUUCUCCACCUCCCAGUGGUCAGCUCUGACCUUUGUGCUGCUCACAUCAGAUGAGAAGUUUGAUGUGUUUGAUCUGAAAAGAUACCUGAAAUCAGAGAAAGUUCUUUUGGGAAUGUUGCCGGUGGUUAAAGUCUCCAAAACAGCUUUGCUGAGCUGGUGUGAGCUCUCUCAGGAAUCCUGCAGAGGUCUCGCGUCCUCAGUGAUCGGCGCCCCGUCUUCUAAUCUGACAGAGCUGGACCUGAGUCAUAACGACCUGUUGGAUUCAGGUGUGCAGAUGCUCGCGGGAGGCCUGCAGAGUCCACAUUGUAGGCUGGAGAUUCUCAAGCUGUUAGGUUGUCAGGUGACGGAGAAAGGCUGCUCCUUCCUGGCCUCUGCACUCAAGUCCAACACGGCCUCCACCCUAAAACUGCUGGAUCUGAGCUACAAUCACCCAGGAGUCAACGGGAAGGCAGAGCUGAAUGCUAUAGUUGAAGAUCCAAAUAUGAGCCUGAAGACACUCUGUUUGGACCAUGAUGGAGCACAUCGGUUAAAGCCAGGACUGAAGAAGUAUGGCGAUGAUCUGAAGCUGGAUGAAAUCGCCGCAAGCAAGAGGCUCGUUCUGUCUGAUGGAGGCAGGAAAGCAAAAACUGUACAACUGGUGAAGGAGAAAGUGCAACGACCUGAAUGCGCCGACAGAUUUAAGAGGACUCAGGUGUUUUGUGAGAAAGGCCUAAACGGUCUCUGCUACUGGGAGGUGGAGUGUAAAGGGGAGGUCGGUAUCGCAGUGGCAUAUAGAACGGUGGGUAGAAGAUGGGACAGAAGUGGUGGCCUGGGAUGCAAUGACAAGUCCUGGAGCCUGCUCUGCUCUAAGACCAGAUACACUGCAAUUCAUGGGAAGACAUCCAAAGAUGUCAAACCCAACAACGGAAAGACAUCCAAAGAUAUUGAGCCUAACAUCAAGAAGACGUCCAAAGGUGUUAAGUCUAACAUCAAGAAGACGUCCAAAGGUGUUGAGUCUAACAUCAAGAAGACGUCCAAAGGUGUUGAGCCUAACAUCAAGAAGACGUUCAAAGGUGUUGAGCCUAACAUCAAGAAGACGUCCAAAGGUGUUGAGCCUAACAUCAAGAAGACGUCUAAAGGUGUUGAGCCCAACGACCAGAAGUACAAAGAUGUUGAGAUAUUGAGCCCCAACAAUGGGAAGACAUCCAAUGAUAUUGAGCACAAGGACAAGAUGACGUCUCAAGAUGUUGAGCCCAACGACCACAAGAAGUACAAAGCGGUUGAGCCUAACAAUGGGAAGACAUUCGAAGAUGUUGAUCAUAACGGCGAGAGGACACCUGAAGCUGGUAAUCCUAAAGAGAACAUACACCAUACAAAAAAAAUAGGCAUUUUUCUGGAUUGGGAAGCUGGUUCUCUGACUUAUUACUGUGUCAGAUCUGAAAAGAAGGAGCUCAUACACACCUUUCAUGGCAAAUUCACAGAACCUGUCUUCCCAUGCUUCUGGUUUAAGAAAGGCUCUGUGACUUUGUGUAAUGAUCCCUAGAUCAGAGGUCACUAACUGGCGGACCGCGGUCUGAAUCCGGACCUAGAAGCCAUCCCAUCUGGACCUGGACCAAAAGCUAAAAAGACCGUUGUGAUUUAAACGUGAUGGCGCACUUUCCGACCGGCGCAGCUUUGGUCGUCUUUACGAUAGUGACUUAAAUCACCGACCAAUUGCAAUCGAGUUAAACCAUCCCACGUGAUACUACUCGACCAAUCGAGUCGUUGCAUUCCAGGCAGGAUGAUAUUGUCUCGACACUGCAGACAGACGAGAGAGGUAGUGGCAAAUUACAAAUAAAAAGACUGUAAGAAGAAAAGAAAGAUAGCGAAAAGCAAAAACAUGUGGACGGACGGGUUUCUGCUCAUACUUCCCACUGCAGCACUAAACCAGUGUCUCAUGUGCUCAGAACCUGUUGAAACGCCAUCAUGAGGCACAAUGAGCUCCACAUGAGGACGAGAACCUGAUGCAUUAAGACCAGGUUUAACAUCCUGGCAGGAAAAACUAGAUCUUAAUUCUCCCAAAACAGUGGAUAUAUAUUCUAUUCUAUUCAACUGUUAAAAUGUGUUUAGAUUUAUUAUUUAGAAUUUGCUGAGACUGUUGAGUCCAAAUGUGAUGCAGGAAAGGGGAAAUUCAAGUUUUUCUAUUUUAUUUUUAUUUGAAGUAUAUCUUUUUCUACCCAAGAAGUAUAUAUUUUUCUACCCUGCACGGUAGUGUGGUGGUUAGCACUGUCGCCUCACAGCAAGAAGGUCCUGGGUUUGACUCCGCCCAGUGGCCUUUCUGUGUGGAGUCUGCAUGUUCUCCCUGUGUCUACACGGGGUCUCCCUGGGUACCCCGGCUUCCUCCUACAGUCCAAAGACGCUCUGGGGAUCAGGUUGAUUGGGGACUUCCCAUCCGUCCACCUGCCCGUAGGUGUAGGAGUGUGAGUGUGAAUGUUGUUAGCCCUGGAGGCCAACCCAAAGUGUACCCCGUCUCUUGCCCGAAGUUGGCCCCCCCCAGUGUGCAGGAUAAGCGGUUUGAAGAUGGGUGGAUAUUUUUCUACCCAAUGUUAAUAGAUCUUUUAAUAUUUUACAAGGAUAUUGUCUUCUUACAAUGUAAUAUAAUUGAUGUUAAUGUAUACAUGUGGGUUGGAUUGUAACACAGUGGAACCUGUAAUAGAAGAGCUGUAUGCUAACCCACAAUCUGCCAGUACAAAUGAUGAUAUCAAUAACUCUACUGUUCUCUUAAGAUGAAGGAAAUAAACAUACCAAACUACAGAUU